UAAGCCUACCUUUUAUUAGAGCGACAGUGGACCAGUGAGCAAAAUGAAAACUUUAGCACUCUGGACUGCGCUCAGCGUGUGCAUGUGUGGCGCGGUAAAAGCUUGCUCAGUUAAAAAGCUGGGAAGUAACACCGGGAGAUUUGCCAAUGCCACUUUAGUCCGACUGUCGGAGUUUUUAAGCGCUGGAUACAAGAAAGGAGUUCGACCAGUAAAAGACUGGCGGUAUUCGACAAUGGUAUCCAUAGACUUGAUGGUCUAUUCUAUUCUGAAUGUGGAUGAGAAGAACCAGGUUUUGACAACAUACGUGUGGUACAGACAGCAAUGGACAGAUGAAUUCCUUGUGUGGAAUCCAGAAGAUUUUGAUGAUGUCAAACAAAUCUCUAUGCCUACGGCAAAUGUCUGGGUACCUGACAUUGUCAUCAAUGAGUUUGUGGAUGUUGGAAAGUCUCCAGACAUUCCGUAUGUGUAUGUGAGAAGUGAUGGUCUGGUGCAGAACUAUAAGCCCAUCCAAGUGGUGACUGCUUGCUCCCUCAACAUCUACAACUUCCCAUUCGACGUUCAGAAUUGCAGCCUGACCUUCCAGAGCUGGCUGCACACUAUUAAUGACAUAAACAUCACGCUAAUGAGGAGCCCGGAGGAAGUGAAGGUGGAUAAGACAGUGUUCAUGAACCAGGGAGAGUGGGAGCUGCUGCACAUCCUCUCCAAAUACAAGUCCUUCAGCGUGGACAACGACGACUACUAUGCCGAGAUGAAGUUCCAUGUGGUGAUUCGGCGCAGGCCUCUCUUCUACACUGUCAAUCUGCUCCUGCCGAGCAUAUUCCUGAUGGUAAUGGACAUAGUGGGCUUUUACCUGCCUCCAGACAGCGGAGAGAGGGUUUCCUUCAAGAUCACACUGCUGCUGGGCUACUCGGUCUUCCUCAUCAUCGUCUCUGACACUUUGCCAGCCACUGCUAUUGGCACCCCACUCAUUGGUGUGUACUUUGUCGUGUGCAUGGCCCUGUUGGUGAUCAGCCUGACAGAGACGGUGCUGAUCGUCAGGCUGGUGCAUAAGCAGGACCUGCAGUCUCAUGUGCCGCAGUGGGUCAAGCACCUGGUGCUGGACAAGGCCACCAUGCUGCUCUGCAUCCGCAACAGGAUGUCAUGCUCCCUGCUGGCUCGCGACUCCGACCUGGCACGCUACAAGGAGAACAACAUGAACACAGUCCGCUGCAACCACCACUGUGAGACCUCCAGAGACAUGGAGAGGGGCCUGGGCGUUGGCCUGCCUGUGCGGGACACCACUCCUCCAGUCAUGGACAACAUCCUGCACGAGGUCUCCUCCAUCCGCCAGUUCCUGGAGAAGCGGGAGGCAUGCCGCGACAUCGCCAAGGACUGGCUGCAGGUGGGCUAUGUGCUGGACGUGCUCCUCUUCAGGGUCUACCUGCUGGCUAUGCUAGCCUACAGCAUCACCCUGGGCACGUUGUGGUCCGUCUGGCAGUACGCCUGAGAGCGUGCAAGCCCCGCCUCCCCCCUUUCACAGCAGCCACUGUGUGUUCAUGUGGGUUAGCAGGUCUGUGUGAGAUUAACAUGAAGCUGCCACAGCCGAUGGCCCACAGCAGGAUCAUGUGUAGUUCGCAGAGUGUCAGGUGGGUUAAGAUGGUCAGAUGACGGCUUGCUCAGCUAGCAGACAUCAUGGCCAGAAAGCUCCUCCUCCAACUCUCUUUACCCAAUAUAAAAUGGCACAUUUGGUUAUCCAAAUAAAUAGCUGUAUUUCAGUAUAUUCAUUUAAUGUGUAUCUCAUAAUAGGACACUACAGAGCUAUAAGGAUAUGACCACAGUCAGUGAAACUCACUGGUCCUGGUCUUUAAAAUUGUCAAGGUCUUAUGUUUGCUGACAUCACUUUAUAAGAUACAAAGUUUGGACAUACAUAAAGGAUUUUUAAAUGUAAUUGUUCAUCAUAAAUUCAUCAUAAAUUUAAAGAACAACAUAAAUCAACUAUGAAAUCAUGGAGAAUAUCAGUCAUGUCACUUUUACAUCACUGUAUCUAUCAUUUAUUUUGAAAGCCUUGGUCAUUUAUCAAAUUGAAAUCCAACCUUGAAAUCUAUACUGAAAUAGAAUGUACUGAGUACUUUUUUAUUAAAUGGCAGAAAAUGGUGAAAUUAUAAAUAUAUGAUUAAUGUUAAGGCCUAAAAGCCAAACCAUGCAUCAGAACUGUAAUGUUUCUAACACAGCUUUUGGCUGUUUUGUAGCUGGUUAUUAAUCCUUGCCUUAGGACUAACACUUUAAUGUACUGAUUUGUAAAGACCUUUUAUUCUCCCUCAGUGGGAAUUCGGCCAGCAUGCUGACUGGUGAUUGGCUAAAUGUCACUGACACCCUACAUAAUUAAAGCAAAAAUCAGUUAGACAGUUAGACACUAAAUGGGAGCAUUGAUCCCAAUACAAUCAAUGAAACUGCAUCUUCGUAGGCUGUCAGAGAAUGGGUUCGCAAUUCACAAGCCAUUAUCUCAUCACCCAGUGGCUGAAAGACAAGAAGUCAUUUGUUUUACUUUUAGGUACAAUAAAUACUUUUUAAAAAGGUCCUUUUAAAAAUGUCUUUUAAUUUAUUUUAAUACAAUUUAUUUACAUGUGAUGCAUAGUUGUAUCUGUCCAGCAUGAAAAAUGUGUAGCAAAUGUUUGCUUGUGUCUGUGUCAUACUCAUUCACGAUCACUAGAGGGCUAUAAAAGCUAAAUAUCAUG